AUGGAUGGACCCUGGGUGGGGACAUGGAGACCUCACCGCCCACGUGGACCUAUCAUGGCCCAGUUUAGCAACCCAGGACCCAAGUAUUCCAUCCCCGGGGCAACAGGUUACCUGGAUCACCAUCCCAGCAAAGCCAAAGCUCCUGCCUACAGCCUUCAAGGGUCCAAACGUUCCCUCGCAGAAAACUGCACUCCGGGUCCUUGUUAUUAUAUCCAGGCCUCCAUCACCAGGACUGGGAAGUAUGUGGCUCCAGCACAGCCAAUCUGUGGCCGUCCCAAGACAAAGACUGAGGUCACCCCUGGACCAAGUGACUAUGACACCGACAACACCAACAAGCUCCUCUACAAACGCGCGCCAGCACCGUCCCUGGGGUGCCGGCUCAAGGAGGUCAGAGCCGACCACGUUCCAGGUCCUGGCACUUACACCCUGCCCAGGCUGGUGGGACCAAACACUGUCUACACCCGCGCCAGCCCCUGCUAUUCCCUGCGAGGGAAGAGUAAGAGCAAUGGCUUUUCUGAAGACCUGGCCAAG